AUGGAGUCACAGCCACACCAACAGAAGCAGAAGAAGCCCCAUCACCCACACCAUGUGCUUCCUAAGCACGAGACGGGUUAUACUGAUGAGGCUGCCGAAGAAUGUCACGACCUGAUUGACCGGGCCGAGGAGGAAGCACAUCUCCACGAGCCUGGCUCGAUGUACUCGACAGGGGCCAUGUAUGCAAAUGAGAGCAUUCCGCAUGUGGCCACUAGUUCCAAGAGCACUGGCAUGCAAAGCACAGCAAGAGAGGCAGCCGCAAAAAUGGAGAAAAAGGGACAACAGCUCAAAGAAACAGUUGCUGAGAAGAUGGGACAGAUGAAAGAGACGAUGAAUAUCAAGAAGUAA